AUGGAGGAAGUUCUAGAGCCGUUCUUCAUUUUUGUAGGGUUGUUGGUGUGCCUGGUCUGCCUGGUGAAGUGCGUGAGAUUCUUCAGAUGUGUUUUACUGAACUUCUGGAAAGUUUGGCCAACACCUUUCUUGCGGUCAAUGGGCCAGUGGGCAGUCCUAACUUUCUGUUCUGAUGAGGUGGGCAAAGUCUAUUCUUUUAGGCUAGCUAAACAUGGUUUCAACAUUGUGCUUAUCAGCCGGACGAUGGAAAAACUACAGGCCAUUGCCACAGAGAUUGAGUGGACUACAGGGAAUAGCGUGAAGAUCAUACAAGCAGAUUUUACCAAAGAUGACAUCUAUGAAUAUAUUAAAGAAAAACUUAAAGGCUUAGAAAUUGGAAUUUUAGUCAACAAUGUCGGAAUGCUUCCAAACCUUUUCCCAAGCUAUUUCCUUAAUGCGCCGGAUGAAAUCCAGAGCCUCAUCCACUGUAACAUCACCUCAGUAGUCAAGAUGACACAGCUAAUUCUGAAACACAUGGAAUCAAGGCGGAAAGGUCUCAUCCUGAACAUUUCUUCCGGGGUAGCCCUCUUUCCGUGGCCACUGUACACCAUGUACUCGGCUUCCAAGGCUUUUGUGUGGACGUUUUCCAAGGCACUGCAAGUGGAAUAUAAAGCGAAAGGGAUCAUCAUCCAGGUGCUGACUCCAUAUGCUAUUUCGACCGCAAUGACAAAGCAUCUAAACACCAACGUGAUAACCAAGACUGCCAAGGAGUUUGUUAAAGAAUCACUGAACUAUGUCACGAUUGGAGAUGAGACCUGUGGCUGCCUUGCCCAUGAAAUCUUGGCGGGCUUUCUGAGCCUGAUCCCCGCCUGGGUAUUCUACAGCAGCGCCUUCCAAAGGCUGCUCCUGACGCGCUACACGGAUUACCUGAAGCGGAACGCCAAGGCCAGGUAG